AUGACGAAUAGCUUGGUAAUAGCUCAAAAAUGCUCGAGUUCGCUGUCGAUAUUGGGCUCUGCGUACAUCUUUCAAGAAGUGGUCCGAGAUCCCGAAAAGCGGUCCAAGGUGAUCUUUCGAUUGCUGGCGUCCAUGAGUUUGUGCGAUGUCUUUUGCAGUGCUUGGUUCUUUACAGGGACGUGGGCCGUUCCCAAGGGCACACCAGGGAUUGCCGGUGCCGCCGGUACCGAAACAUCCUGCAAAGUCCAAGCCUUUGUCAUGUACGCCGCCGUGACCACACUGAACUUUAACGCCUGCUUGGCGCUCUACUACUUGGUCUCCAUUCGCUUGGGGUGGAGAGAAGACCGCAUUCGACGUUACGUGGAACCCUUCUGCUACAUUUACGCGGUGGGAUUGGGACUGGUGGUGGGCAUUGUUCCCAUGAUUUUGGACUUGUACAGUCCCGCCACCUUUUGGUGCAGCAUUCAACCAACACCCGAAACAACUCUGACGCAGUACAUUUGGUUGCUCUUCUACGUACCCGCCUGGUUUACGGCUGUCUUUGUCACGGUCGCCAUGGCGGUCAUUUACAGACAUGUAAGACACACAGAAGCACGGGCGCAACGAUACGAUUUCAAUGCCCAAAUACAAACACAACAACCAUCAUCAUCACAACCACCACCACAAUCCACUCAAGAAACCGAGGAGCCACCGUCGACUCCUUCGCAAACAUUUCACCGAUUGGCAUCCGCCGUGUCCUUGAAAUGGAUAAAGAAACAACGACCAAAACAACCAUGCACCGCAGCACGAUCUUCCAAAGUGGCCACACAGGCAUUCUUUUAUUGUUUGGCCUUUUACAUGACCCUUGUCUUUGCCACGGCCACUCGUGCCAUGCAAGCCAUCACGGGAUCCGUGCCCCACGGAAUCCUCCUCUGUUUCAUGAUCUUUUAUCCCCUGCAGGGAUUCAUGAAUUUCUUGGUCUACAUGCGUCCGCGAUGGACGACAGCUAUUUCACAGUGGCACUCCAAUCGACAGCGAGAACGCACCGCCGCAGACAGUACCACUACGAGCGGUCGACCCUCCAGUAGUAGUAAGCUGCGCACCAGUUUGUGGGGUCUACGAUCCAGUUCUUCUCGAUGGAGUUUUUCCAGAGGUGGUAGUGGCAGGCCAAGCGAUCGCUCCUGGAAGGGUUCCUCGCACAACAUUAUUAUUCACGACGAGGACGAACAACAACAAGCAAAUGACAAAUCGCAGCCUUCGCAACCGUGGGAAGAACCCAACAUGGAGGGGCAAACACAAAAGUCCAUGCAACUCUCCCAACCAUUUGAACUCGAGGAUAUCCAAGAGGAUGAAUUCGCAGAGCCAACCAAGAACACACGCACCAGUUUGUGGGGUUUACGAUCCAGCUCCCGUACGCCAAGUGGCGCCGUGGAUAUCGAAGAGGGGUACGCGGAGAAAUCCCAGCACGUACCAUUGGAACUCGAGCUGGUGGUUGCAGAAGAACACGAGAAUGAACAAUGA